AUGGACGUCCCCUAUUCAUCAUCAUCAUCAUCAUCAUCAUCAUACGCAUCCUCUGUACUGCCGCAAUACGAAGUGGUCUUGAGCUUUGGAGAGGAUGCGAGCUCGCUCGUUUCUCCCCUUUUCACCGGCUUGACGAAGGCGGGGAUAAGCGUGUUUUUAGGCUCGGGAAGUGACCCCGUGCUGUCCAAAAUGAUUGAACUGUCGAAGAUAUCGAUACCCAUCAUCUCGCCCGAGUACGCUUCCAGCCAGAACUCCCUCAUGGUGCUGGACCGGAUGUUGGAUUGCAGGGACACCAUGAACCAUGUCGUCAUUCCCAUUUUCUAUCGCGUUAACCCCUCCUUCGCGGUUCACAAAAAUCGAAGAAGCGAUGGCAUGCUUCUUGACUCAUUGAAGUCCGCCCUCCAUCGUAUAGGACAAUUGAAGGGAUAUCGCCUUGACGGCGUGAGCGACUGGCUUCUGUACGAGCUCAUCUUGUAUGUCACUCGGCAGCUGAAGGAAGCUGAACUAAUCGGUGCUUCCAUGCCAGUCGGAAUAGAAAAUCAAGUCCUCGAGAUAAUGAGAAGUCUUUAUGUUGACUAUCGCAACGGACAAGCGCUUGAUGUACAUGGCAGUGAGGCCCGAAUGGUCGGAAUAUAUGGCAUCAAGGGGAUCGGGAAAACAACUCUUGCAAAGUUUGUUUACAACCAACUAUAUCCUCUGUUUGAAGGCUGCUGCUACCUGGGAAACAUCCAAGAAAUAUCGAGAACCGAGUCCCUCGAGCAUCUGCAAAGCCAACUGGUUUCUAACCUGCUAAAACGAGAACACAUAAGCUUUGGUUCGUUCCAAGAAGGUAUUUACUAUAUCAGAAAUGAGUUUCGCAACAUGAGAGUUCUCAUUGUGCUCGAUGAUGUCAAUGAGCAGCAUCAUCUCAAAGCAUUAGCUGGAAAGCUAAGCUGGUUUGGGUCAAGAAGCAGGAUAAUCGUGACGACCAGAAACACCGAUCUUCUUAAGAUCCCUGAAGUGGUUGCGGCUUAUGAAGUUAAGCCUAUGGCCGCAGAUCAAUCCCUUCAUCUUUUCUAUCGACAUGCUUUUGGGGGAAGUUUUCCCCAUGAGGACUACCCUAAACUGUCCAAGGAAAUUAUUUCCACAGCUGGAGGCCUUCCUGUAGCAAUUGAGGUUAUAGGUUCAUUUCUGUACAGAAAAAACAAAAACAUAUGGAUUGAGACGUUACAGAAAUUCGGUGCAAGAAAUAUAUAUUUGGAUAUAGCUUAUUCAGCGUUCAUAACUAGCUAUGAAGCUCUAGAUGAGGGGGCAAGAAAUAUAUUUCUAGAUAUUGCUUGUUUUCUUGAGGGAAAGGACAGGAGAAUGCCCUUAUACAUGUGGGAGGACUCUGGUUUUUAUCCUCGUAGUGGUAUCGAAAGUCUCCUUCUCGCGUCCCUGGUGAAAAUUGGAGAGAAUAACGAGCUCUUGGUGAAUGAUCCAUUAAGAGACCUUGGUCGAGUAAUUGUCGGCGAGGAAGACCCCACGAACCCUGGAAAGCGCAGCAGGCUGUGGAAUCACGAGGAGUCCCUCCUUACCUUAGAGAGCAAAAUAGGAACAGAGAGGGUUCAAGCCCUCUGUCUCAAGGUUGACAAUAGUUCAGACAAGUUUUUCACACGGGAAGAAUUUCAAAGACUGUCUCAGCUGAGGUUCCUAAAAUUGGACAAUGCAAAUAUUCGGGGAGAUUUCACUAAUCUACUCUCCGGUUUAAAGUGGCUCGACUGGCGAGGGUGCCCCGAGACCUUUAAAGCCAAGAACUUGCAUCUGAAGAAGUUGAUGAUUCUUGAUUUAUCACGGAGCAAGGUCACUCACAAAUGGAAGGGCUGGAGUCAAAUCAAGAUGCCACAAUUGAAAGUUUUGAACCUCACGGGGUGUCAUGAAAUGAUGGAAACUCCCGACUUCUCCGGUUACCCACAGUUGGAGAUGUUGAUUCUCGAAAGCUGUCUUGAAUUGCUCAGUAUAGACCCUUCAAUUUGUGUUCUAAGAUGCUUGGUUUCCUUGAAUUUGAAAUCCUGCAGAAAUUUUUGUGAGUUGCCACCGGAAAUGGGUAACAUGGAAGCACUGAAAGAGCUUCUCCUAGAUGGGACUUCUGUACAAGUAAUCCCUUCAUCAAUACGUCGUAUGAAGAAACUUGAAACUCUUAGUGCCUCCAAUUGCUGCUCACUAACUAGGCUGCCCAAAUCCAUUUGCAAUAUAGAAGCUCUUUCGAUGCUCUUGCUGGAAAAUGUGAAUAUCCCCAAACUCCCCAAUUCGAUUGGAAGUUUGGUGAAACUUAAACGGUUGUUGUUGAGGGACUGCCGGCGGAUACAGGCACUUCCAGAAUCUAUCGGCAAAUUAGGAUGCUCGUUGCUGGAGUUGGAUGUAUCAGGGAUGCCUAUUUCGGAACUGCCCGAAUCCAUUAGAAACCUGCAGCAACUGAGAGUUCUUAAGAUGGAUCGUUGUCUUGUGAGAGAGUUUCCUAGGGCCAUUGGUGAGCUAAGGAAGCUUGAAGAGAUCCAUGCUUCCCAUUGUACGAGUUUGGAGGGAAGCAUUCCUGAUGACAUUUACAAUCUACAAUUCUUGAAAAUAUUGAUCCUAGGACAUAGUGGUGUUUCUGUACUACCACAGUCAAUCGGGGUUCUAAACCAUCUCCAGACCCUUGAUUUACUUCCUUGCAACAACAUUGAAACUUUGCCGAUGCUUCCCCCGAGUUUGACUUGUCUGCGAAUAAACUCAAAGAAGAUGAGCAUAAUCCCAAAUAUCCAGAAUUUAGUUGAAUUGGAGGAGUUGAGCUUCGGCGAUGAGAACCCCAAGGGGCUAAUAGUUCCUCGUAACCCCACAUUCAUUUCGACCGAGCACAAGUCUCUUUGGGCCGUAACAUUUCCAAAGCUCAGGAGUUUAGAGUUUUCUCAUUACCAAAUCCUCAAUCUGAGAUUUGAGUACAGCUCUGCAUGCGUUCCUCAGCUCAAGAAAGUCUUCCUGGGGGGCGCAAAUCUUCAAAGAAUAUCGGGACUUCCCUCAUCAUUGUCCGUCUUGUCAAUUCGAGCUUGUUCAUCGCUGACGAGUUUGCCAACAUUUCAGAAUUUGAGUCACUUGUUGGAGCUAGAGCUCUCAAGCACGGCUGUCAAAGAAAUUUCAGGGCUUGGAGAGUUAAAAAGCCUAGAGAUCCUGGUGGUGUCGGAUUGUGAGAUAGAACAUCUCAACGGCCUCUCCGAAUUGAGAUCAUUGAAGAGAUUGUCUCUCAAGCACUGCAAGUCCCUCAAGUCGCCCAAUGUAUCUGGCCUCACCAUGUUGAAAGUCCUGGAAAUCCACAAGUGCCAGAAGAUCCGCUAUAUCGAAGGCCUCGAGGAGUUGACAUCCUUGGAGCAGCUGCUCGUGAGUGAAUGUAAGGCUGCAAGGUCAGAUGAAGUAAAACAAGCCCUGAGGAGAGUACGAAAACGUUUGAGGACAUCCCCUUGAGUAUGAGCAUUAUGUCAUAUGAUGUGUUCUGCUUUUCCCCUAGAGUAUCACGAAUGUUCGUUUUCUUUUAAUUUCUCACCAUGCUAUUGAGAAGAGUGGAAAAACUAGUCAUUCUUGUGUUUCAAUAUAUCCAAAUCCA